AUGCGGCAUAACUCUGGCUUUAGAUGGAAUUCUGAAACAAAGUUUUUCACUGCGAAUGAUGAAAUCUGGGAAGAUUACUUUAAGUCUCAUCGUAACGAUUCAAGCUUACGGACAGACCCUCAUCCAGACUAUGAAGAUCUGAGAAUUGUAGUUGGUAACGGUACAACUAAAGGGACAUAUUCUAUUGCCAUAGGAGACGAUACUGUAGAAGAAAAUAGAGAAAGUGGGAGCUUUCUAGAUGAUUUCACAUAUGAUCCCUCAAGUGAUGCAUUUAUUCCAUCAAGUACCCAAGAUCCUUUUCCACCAUCUCCCGAGAACUCUUUCAUGCCAACCUCAACUCAACAAACAAUACUCGAAGCCUCGUCCACCUCCAAGAAAACGAGCUAA